AUGCGUUUCAACUCGAUUUUGAGCAUGCUUCUUAGCUGCGGCCUUGCAGCAGCACACAUGGAAAUGAGCUGGCCGUAUCCCCUGCGCAGUCGGUAUGACCCUCAGAACAAAGGGAACGUCGACUACUCCAUGACUAGCCCCCUUCUGAGCGACGGUUCGAACUUCCCUUGCAAAGGCUACCAGAAGAACACCCCCUGGCGUGCCACCACCGAAUACACCGCUGGCAACACCUACAACAUCACGUUGGCCGGUUCCGCCAGACACGGUGGAGGAUCCUGCCAGCUGUCUCUUAGCUACGAUGAUGGCAAGACCUUCAAAGUCAUCGAUUCCAUGGUGGGCGGAUGCCCCCUGGAGUCCAAAUAUGACUUCCAAAUGCCGAGCGAUGUGGCCAACGGUCAGGCCCUGUUUGCCUGGUCCUGGUUCAACCUGGUGGGUAAUCGGGAGAUGUAUAUGAACUGCGCGGAUGUUGUGAUCAGCGGAGCCAGUGGCAGUACGGAUACGUUCGAACGCAAUUAUCCCGACAUGUUCGUGGCCAACGUUGGUAAUGGUUGCUCCACUGUGGAAGGGAAGCACACGGUGUUUGCCAACCCUGGAAAGCAGGUUACCUAUGCAGGUGGUGUUGAUGCGUCGGCGCCCCCGUUCCCCAAAUGCUCUUAA